AUGACCAACCCUCCCCAACCCCCCUUCAAAGUCAUCAUCGUCGGCGGUUCCAUCGCCGGCCUCACUCUCGCCCACUGUCUCCAGCGUGCACACAUCGAGCACAUCAUUCUCGAAAAAGGCAAUGAGAUCGCUCCGCAGCUCGGCGCAUCCAUAGGCCUCAUGCCCAAUGGUGGACGGGUCCUGGAACAACUGGAUCUGCUGGCGGACAUCGAGCGAGUGGUUGAGCCGCUACACCAGGCGAAUGUCAUCUUUCCUGAUGGAUUCGAGUUUAUUAACUUCUAUCCGAAGGUUGUUGGCGACAGAUUCGGAUUCCCAAUUGCGUUUCUAGACCGGCAGAAGUUCCUAGAGAUUCUGUACGAGAAGCAUCGCAGCAAGCAGAACAUCCUUACGGGAAAGAAGGUGACAGAAGUGAGACGACUCAAGAACGGGACUGCAGUUGUUGCUGCCGAUGGAUCGGUGUAUGAGGGGGAUCUUGUUGUCGGGGCUGAUGGGGUGCAUAGUCGCAUUCGGUCUGAAAUGUGGCGGAUGGCGGAGGAGGGUCAACCUGGGUUCGUUUCGAGAUCUGAGAGGACCUGCAUGACGGUCGAGUACACAUGCGCAUUCGGGAUCUCGUCGCGCAUCCCGGGUCUCGAGAUCAAUGAACAAGUCAACGGCGUCUUUGAUCAUUUGUCCGUCCUGACUAUCCACGGGAGACAUGGUCGGGUGUUCUGGUUUGUUAUCCAGAAGCUAGACCGGAAGUACGUCUAUCCCGAUGUGCCACGGUUCUCGGAGAAGGAUGCAGAACAUGUUUUCAGUCAGUUGAAGGACAUGAAGUUCUGGAAAGACGUCACUGUAGGAGAUCUAUGGAAGAACCGAGAGGUGUUCUCAAUGACUGCUUUGGAAGAAGGCUUGUUCAAAACCUGGCAUCAUGAUCGGAUGGUUUUGGCGGGUGAUAGCGUUCAUAAGAUGACCCCCAACUUCGGCCAAGGUGCCAACUGUGCCAUCGAAGAUGUCGCCACUCUCUCCUCCCUCCUUCACGACCUCAUCAACGUGCGCGGCAUCCACAAGCCCUCCAACACCCAGGUCGACAGUCUCCUGCAGCAAUACCAACAGAUUCGAUACACCCGUAUGGAUAGUAUGUGCCGUACAGCAGCCUCUGUCGCCCGAAUGCAGGCCCGAGAUGGCUGGUUUAACACCGUCUUUGCUCGAUACUGGGCUCCGUAUGCAGGAAACGUGCCAGCGGACAUUGCCUCCAAGGUCAUUGCGGAUGCAGAGGCUAUCGCGUUUCUACCUUUGCCGGAGCGCUCAGGCUCAGGAUGGGAAAUAUAUGGACGAAAGAGGAAGGGGGCUCAUACUCGGUGGGCAGUUAUCCUGACUGUGGUGCUUUUGCUGGGGUGGUUAUCACGUUUGUUUGUCAAGGACGGAUGGUACACUUGGUACACGAUGCUUUGA